AUGUCAACGGCGGCGAUUAUCCUCAGCUUCGUACUGAUGGGGCUGUCGCUGGACAAUUGGCCUGACUGGGCUGGCUGGAUGGUUUUCGAAGCCAUUUUUGCCAGCGUUUUUGUUCUCGAGAUUGUCGUCAAGUGUGUAGUGCUCGGCCCUGGGACUUAUUUUUGUGGAUCGGAGAGAUGGUGGAACUUGCUAGAUGUCGGGCUGACUCUGGCUGCUAUUCUCGACCUGUUUCUGAACCUUAUCUUCCAAAACUCAUCGCGGGCGAAGAUUAUUCUAGUUCUUCGUGGCCUUCGCUUGGCGAGGGUGGCCCGCUUGGCCAAGCUGAUCAACAUGCCAUUGCUGCAAGAGCUGGCCAACAUAGUCUCAGGAUUUCUCAUCAGCGUGAGAUCGCUGUUUUGGGUAGUUGUCACGCUCUCCGUGGUUGUGUACGUCUGUGCGCUGGCACUUCGGUCGUUGGUUCAGAGCUUCGCGCAUUCCGACACCGGUGAGAAGUGUGGAAGCGGUGACGAUCUGGACAUGAGUUCUGCUGAUGUCCCGCUUGGUUGCCCUUAUGAGGGGCAGAUACAUCUGAUUUAUGGAGAUGAGUACUGCGGCGACGUCUCCCGCUGUAUGUUCUCCAUCUUCCGCUGUAUGAUUGGCGACUGCACAUCGGCAGGUGGGAGAUCCUUGACCAUGAUCUUCAGCAAUGGCUUUGGGCUCCGGUUUGACAUCCUUUAUGCGUUCAGCAUGGUUUGUGUGUUGUUCGGCUUGUUCAACAUCAUCACAGCUAUCUUUGUCGAAGCGACCCUGAACGGCCUGAAGGAGACUGAGACCCAGCGAAAGUACGCAAAGGCGUAUGAAACCAGCUACAUGACCGAGCAGCUUGCAAAACUCGUCGUUUGCGUCGCAAGUCAGACACAGAUGAUGCGGUCGAGGAAAACGAUACGAGGCUUGAACUCGGAUGGAAGUUCUGACGAAGAUGAGCCUCCAGCACAAGGAGGGGAGAUUUACCUCAGUGAGGAGGAGUUCAAUCACGUGAUCCGCAGUCCCGAGGUACGGCAACUGCUGGAUUCAUUGGAUGUGGUGGUGGAGCCACGGCCUGGCGUCUUCGAUGCGUUCAAUGCUGAAGAGGAUGGCGCAGUUUCCAUGUCUGAGAUUGUGUCCGGCCUGAUGAGACUGCGAGGCGAUCUGAAUAAAGUUGACAUAGUGAUCACACAGAUGGCUCUUGAGAACUUGCACAAGAAGCAAGUUGCGUUGAUGUCACAGAUGUCUGCUUUACAGGACGGUCAUGCUCGAGUGUGGCAGGUGGUCGAGAAGGCCUCGGAAACUGUGGCCGUCGGGACCCGGCUUUCGGAAAACAUUGCAAAAGGUGUGAGAAGGCUGUCAGGCGAGCUGGAGAUACAAGAGAGUGUCACCUUAAAGUAA